AUGGCCGUGGCAAUCUCUCAAGUGUCCUUCGAGCAUCACAGAGUAGCCCUGGGUAUUGGAGAGGCUUCUCCUCGAAUAUCAUGGCGUUUCGACGGUCUUGCUGCCGACUGGAGGCAAGGCGGAUAUAGCAUUGAGUUAUCACGACAUGGGCAAAAUCAAACCGGGCUGCCCCAAAUUGAGCUAUUUCAUCAUAAUUCCUCAGAUUCUGUUCUUGUGCCUUGGCCCACCGUCUCUUUAGCAUCAGCAGAGUCCGCCACGGUUAGAGUAAGAGCGUAUGGCGAAGGAGACCAGCCCGACACUCCAUGGUCCGAACAUGUCAACGUCGAGACCGGAAUCCUGAAUCAGGACGAUUGGUUAGGGGCUCAGAUGGUAAGCGCAGACAAGGAAACAGAGAAGAAUGCCCCCCACCAGCCGCUACUCUUUCGCAAAGAGUUCUCAGUUAAUAGUACUUGCGUGGAGAAAGCGCGAUUGUAUAUUACCGCUUAUGGCUUAUACGAAGCACAAAUCAAUGGGAAAAGAGUCGGUACUACUGUACUCGCUCCCGGGUGGCAGUCUUACAAGCAUCGUCUAGUCUACGAUACUUACGAUGUGACAGACCUACUGCUCGUCGGAGAUAAUGUCCUCGGAAUAACAGUUGGUGAGGGUUGGUAUGCUGGCCGCCUCGGAUUCGGAGCUGGCAAUCGCAAUCUUUGGGGAGAUACGCUGGGUGCUUUGGCCCUAUUAGUUAUUACAUCCAAUGGGAAAACGCAAAGUAUCAGAACAGAUGAGUCUUGGACGGCAAGUACAGGUCCAAUCGUGACCUCUGAAAUAUACAACGGAGAAGCAUACGACUCGAGGCUAGAGCAAACUGGGUGGUCAACCCCUGGAUUUCUUGUCCCGGAUACGGCAAAUUGGAUCGCAGCGAAAGAGCUUGAGGCACCUUACGGAGUAUUGGCUGCCCCUGACGGGCCCCCUAUCCAACGUAUCGAAGAGAUCAAGCUGAAGGAGAUAUUGACAUCUCCCACCGGAAAGACUAUUCUUGAUUUCGGACAGAACUUCGCCGGGUGGCUUAGGCUUACUGUCAAAGGUAAAAGAGGAGAGACUAUAAAAUUAGUACAUACCGAAGUUCUGGAGGGCGGAGAAGUAGCGACUCGACCACUUAGAAAUGCUACUCAGACGGACUACCUUACGCUCUCGGGGCAGCUUCAAGUUUGGGAACCAAGUUUUACUUACCACGGAUUCAGAUACGUCAUGGUCGACGGGUGGCCCGAAGACGAUACCCCGCUAAACAACGACUCGGUGAGUGCGAUAGUAAUACAUUCAGACAUGGAGGAGACGGGGUUUUUCGAGUGUGCAGACGAACUCCUAAACAAGCUACACAGAAACGUGAGAUGGUCUAUGAAGUCCAAUUUCAUGAGUAUACCAACCGACUGUCCCCAAAGGGACGAGAGACUUGGAUGGACGGGAGAUAGCCUCGCGUUUGCUCCCACGGCCAACUUUCUCUACGAUACUUCCGGCUUUUGGCGAGGUUGGUUAAAGGAUCUUCAAUCAGAGCAGGUAAAAGGCGUCCCGCCGUUAGUAGUACCCUCAGUACCUGCCGCCGGAUCAACAAUUCCUACUGCUAUUUGGGGCGAUGCUCUAGUCUCUAAUCCUUUUAAUGCAUAUCAUGCCUCUGGAGAUCGUAAUGCUUUACGAGAGCAAUACACUGGCGCAAAAGCGUGGCUCGACGAUGGCAUCCCUAGAAAUGAAGCCGGCUUGUGGAAUCGUUCAAACUUUCAGCUAGGUGAUUGGUUGGAUCCUAAGUCUCCGCCGGACGAACCGGGCCGCGCCACUACGAGCUCUACAUAUGUUGCCGAUGCAUAUCUCGUCUAUGUGACCGGAUUGGUUGCAGAGAUGGCCUCGGAACUUGGGCUUGAUGACGACAAAACCCGCUUCGAGAAAUGGGCUAAAGAUCUCAAAACGGCUUUCAGAGAAGCCUGGAUAGAUCCCGAAGGUAUCGUCGCCAACGAGACACAAACAGGCCUCGCAUUGCCGCUAUACUUUGAUAUAUUCGAGAGCGAGGCUCAAGCCAACGCAGCGGCUAGUAGGCUAGAGAAAAUUAUCGUAGAUAACACAUACUUGGUUGGAACUGGUUUCUCGGGGACGCACUUGCUCGGCCUUACUCUAACCAGAUACAAUCUUACCGAUACCUUCUACAAAAUGAUAACCCAGACAACGGUCCCCUCUUGGUUGUACCAGGUAGAAAUGGGUGGAACUACGACGUGGGAACGGUGGGAUAGCCUCCUCCCCGAUGGCUCACUCAACCCCGGGGAGAUGCUAUCCUUUAACCAUUACUCGUUUGGCUCUGUAGCAAACUGGAUGCACCAGGUUAUUGGUGGCUUAUCCCCAGCGAAGCCGGGAUGGAGGAGAGCUAGGGUGAACGUCGAGCCAGGCGAGAACAUAACUUGGGCUAAGGCGAGUUAUUUGAGUCCCUACGGCAAGAUAUCAACGGACUGGAAGGUUAAUGACACUGGAUUCCAUCUGGUGUUAGAAGUGCCACCAAAUACAGAUGCGGAAGUAGUACUGCCUGGCGAAAAGCGUACUAUAUUAGUCGGAAGCGGUAGCCACAGGAUUUCUGACCCUACAUUUCAUCUUUGA